AAUAAUUUGUUGCGUGAGGUCGUGGUCGGUAUUUAUUUAUAUUCGUAAGUUAGUAUACGUGUGUGUGUAUUCAUUGUUCUGCAUUAUUGCUUAGCGUUGUUGUUGUUAAAACGGUAUUUUUUUCGUUCUUUACAUUCUUUUGUAAAAAAAGUGUGUUUUAUUGCUGUGGAAAUUAAGUGUUUUUAUGUGAAAAUGUGUACGGCUCAAUAUUGUAUAUGAAUGCACAUAUAGUGGAUGUUUUCAAAAAUUUCAUUAAAAAUUUUUAUUUAAAAGACAUUUAACUAAACAUUUUGACAUUAGAGUAGAAUUGCACACGUUCAGCAAUUUCUCCGUGCCGACGUAAAUUGCAUAAGAAAAUUUGUGGAGGAUUUAGUAUUGAAUCCCGUAAUUAAUUUCAUUGAAGAAAGUCAAAUGAACAAUAACAAUUGUACCGAAACCCCCCUCUCAUGUACCAAAAGUGGAACAGAGAUACUAAAAUAUAAUGAUAAAUACCAGAUCCUUCAAGAAGAGCACCGGACCUUACUAAUCAGUACAAUUACUCAGUAUUUAGACCUAAAUGGCUGUGAAGUAUCUCUAUCAGAUUGUGCGGAGCUAGAAAAACAAAUUUGCAUCAAAUUUCCAACCGAAGAGCUGUCUUUUUAUACUAACGGAAAAAGGGGCAAAAUAUAUAAUAAGUUGGCCAAUUUAAAGCGAUCGUCUAAAGAACUAUUUAAGGAACAAAAAACAUCAGAAGAGGCAAAUUUUGAAUGUGAAGCAACAGAAAAUUAUGCGGUUUUAGUUCAAACUCUUCGAAGCGAUAAGAUCACUGCAUAUGAUUUUGACCUCUAUUGGAGGAAAUGCGCCCCACUUCGUUUUAAACAAAUCGCUGAAGCUAAAACAACGACCGAGAUACUCAAUUUGUGGCUAGAAUAUACACAGCCGUCAGAUUUCCAAUUUAUUAAUAUAGAUUUUAUACUGAAAUAUCCUUCAGCAAAGUGCCUAAAGGAUAGAUGGACUCAACUCGAAGAUAGCAUUUUAAACAUCUUAAAAAGUAAAUCUGGUUGCUCUAUCCUCCUCAAGGACCUGCAAAAAGUUGGAUCAAACAACGAAGAGUCAAAAACCUUCACCAUCUUUUGGCACGCGCACAAACUCUUCCCUCCUCAACAUACUAUUACCACCUCUCCAAAUGGAGAAAAAAUUAGAAAGAGAUACUCUGUUGCAGACUCUCAAGAAAACUUUGCUGUAUUAGCAACAUCAAAUGAAGAGUUAGAGACCAAAUUAAAACUUCUUCAGUUGCAAGGACGUAACAUUCAACCUAGACUUCUUAUUAUUGGAUAUCUAUAUGAUAUUAAAACUAUUUAUGUUUAUUUCGAUAGACUAAAGUUUCCAUUUUUAACCUUUUUAGAUGCUUUUGAUUGUUUGUUCAAAUUAUUUUUUGUUUUUAAUGUUGAAUUCCCUCAAGAAUCGGAAGUUUUUUAUAAUUUUGUUCAAUCUGUAUGAUAUGAUUUGCCAACCUCCAAAAAAUUUACAAUAGUUUCAUUGUUAAAAAAUGAAAUUUUAAAGAUUUAAAAUGAAUUCGAAAAGCUUCUAUAUUGUCAAAAUUCAAAUUAUAUUAUUUUAUAAACAUUAUUUUUCAAUCUAUGAAAAGAAAUUGUUUGUUUUAUAUUGUACUAAUAUAAUUUUUAAAAAAUGUGCAAAAAACUAUUUCU